GAAGGAACAAGAGCGUAUAGAAAAGGAACGUAUGCGUCGUUUGAUGGCCGAGGAUGAAGAGGGUUAUCGUAAGCUUAUCGAUCAAAAGAAAGAUAAACGUUUGGCAUUCCUGCUCUCACAAACCGAUGAAUACAUUAGCAAUCUCACACAGAUGGUGAAGCAGCACAAGGACGAUCAAAUGAAGAAGAAAGAAGAUGAACAGAAACGUUUGCUGCAAUACAAGAAGGAGCUGUUAGUGAGUGGAGAAUACAUAAAUAUUGAUGAUAGUAGUGUAGCGGCUGAUUUGCAUGUCACUGUGAUGGAACAAAGCACUGGCAAGAAAUUGACCGGAGAAGAUGGUCCUGUACUGAAACAUUUACACAGAUGGCUAGAACAACAUCCCGGUUGGGAUUGGGUGGAAGAUGAUGAUAAUGCCGUUAAUGAGGAAGAGAAAAUCAAGAAGAAAAGGAGAAACAGGAGGGAGAAGAAAAUGCUAAAGAGGGUGAUGAAAAGAAUGAAGAAAAUUUGA